AUGGACAUCAAAACCCUUUCCUUCGCCGCUUCCACACCACCGUUAGCUAUAAUUGCCGCCGCCAAGCUCGCCGGGAUUUCUCCAUCCAUCGAUUCCUCCCUCCCUCCUGACUCCGCCCCCACAUUUCUCUUCUCCAACGGGUUGAAAUUGCGUGGAGCGUUUGUUCUUCUACGUUAUAUUGGAAGAACUUCCACACUUCCAAAUUUCUAUGGCCAUAAUGCAUUUGAAACUAGCCAGAUUGAUGAAUUGUUAGAGUAUGCUCCUGUACUAUCAUCUGGCCCUGCUUUUGAGAAUGGAUGCAAAUAUAUUGAUGAGUACUUGGAGAAGCGUACAUUUUUAGUUGGAUACUCAUUAUCAAUUGCAGAUUUAGCUAUUUGGGCAGGUCUUGCAGGGGCUGGAAAGAGAUGGGAAAGCUUGAGGAAGUCAAAGAAAUACCAAAAUCUUGCGCGAUGGUACAAUUCAAUAGUGACUGAACAUGGUACUUCCUUAAACGAAGUCACGACAACAUAUGUUGGUAAAAAAGGAUUGGGAGAGCCAUCUGCAACCAAGACAAAAGACAACGCCGUCACGGAUAAAGUGAGGAAUGUGAAUGGGGAUGCAUCUGAUAACAUUAAGGGAGGAGGCAAACCUUUAGCAGAGAUAGAUCUUCCAGAUGCUGAAGUUGGAAAAGUUCGCUUGCGAUUUGCACCGGAACCCAGUGGCUAUCUUCACAUUGGACACUCAAAAGCAGCUCUGUUGAACAAAUAUUUUGCUGAGCGAUAUCAGGGUCAGGUUAUUAUUCGUUUUGAUGAUACCAAUCCUGCCAAAGAAAGUAAUGAAUUUGUAGACAACUUGGUGAAAGAUAUUGAUACAUUAGGUAUCAAAUAUGAAACAAUUACAUAUACAUCAGAUUACUUCCCUGAGUUGAUGGAAUUGGCUGAAAAAUUAAUUAGCCAGGGUAAAGCGUAUGUUGAUGACACUCCACGUGAACAAAUGCAAAAGGAGAGAAUGGAUGGCAUAGAAUCUAAAUGCAGAAACCAUAGUAUAGAAGAGAAUUUGAAAUUAUGGAAGGAAAUGAUUGCAGGAUCAGAGAGGGGCUUACAGUGCUGUGUCCGUGGGAAGUUGGACAUGCAAGACCCAAAUAAAUCACUUCGUGAUCCUGUUUAUUAUCGUUGCAAUCCAAUGCCUCAUCAUAGAAUUGGAUCUAAGUAUAAAGUGUAUCCAACUUAUGAUUUUGCUUGUCCAUUUGUUGAUUCUAAGGAAGGUAUCACGCAUGCCCUUCGGUCAAGUGAGUAUCAUGAUCGCAAUGCUCAGUAUUACCGGAUUCAAGAGGAUAUGGGAGUUAAGAAAGUUCUUAUCUACGAAUUUAGCCGGUUGAAUAUGGUCUACACUCUUCUCAGCAAACGAAAGCUUCUGUGGUUUGUCCAAAAUGGAAGAGUUGAUUCAUGGGAUGAUCCAAGGUUUCCUACAGUGCAAGGAAUUGUGCGCAGAGGUUUGAAAAUUGAAGCGCUAAUCCAAUUUAUUGUUGAACAAGGUGCAUCAAAAAAUCUCAAUCUCAUGGAGUGGGACAAGCUCUGGACCAUCAAUAAGAAGAUUAUUGACCCUGUAUGUCCCAGACACACUGCCGUCAUUGCGGAUAGACGUGUAUUGUUGACCCUCACAGAUGGUCCCGAAGAAUCAUUUGUUCGCAUCAUACCUAGACAUAAGAAAUAUGAAGCUGCUGGAAGUAAAGCUACCACAUAUACUAAAAGGAUAUGGCUUGACUAUGCUGACGCAGAGUCCGUAUCCGCAGGUGAGGAAGUAACCUUGAUGGAUUGGGGAAAUGCCAUAGUAAAGGAAGUAGAGAAGGACCAAGAUGGAAAUGUCACCGGGCUGAGUGGUGUUUUGCAUCUUGAAGGAUCUGUGAAGACCACAAAAUUGAAGCUCACUUGGCUACCUGAGAUAGAUGAACUAGUUAGCCUGACAUUGAUGGAGUUUGAUUAUCUAAUUACGAAGAAAAAGCUUGAGGAAGGAGAGGAUUUCGUUGAUGUGCUUAACCCCUGUACAAAAAAGGAGACUCUAGCGUAUGGAGACGCCAAUAUGCGAAAUCUUCAGCCUGGAGAUGUAUUGCAGCUGGAGAGAAAGGGGUAUUUCAGGUGUGAUGUACCCUUCAUCCGGCCUUCAAAACCAAUCGUGUUAUUUGCAAUCCCAGAUGGCAGGCAGCAGGCAUCUUUGAAAUAA